CUUCACUUUCUGGUCUCUUGUUUGUUUCCCAUGCAUUAUUUGGACACUUUGUCAAACACAAACAGGUAGAGCUUCUAGUUCUUCCAAAUGUCCUUUCCAUUUCCAUGGUUUCUUCUCCUCAUCUUCCUCUGCCACCACCACCACCCCCUCCCUACUCUCGCCGACCCAAGAGCCACAGAGGCAGCAUCACUAUGCACCAACAGAACUUCACCAAUGCCACAGAGCCAGCGCCAAGUUUUCUUAUCAAAUUUCUACGACGCCUUAGAAUCCUUAACAUCUCUGGUCACCACACAGAGACAUGGAACCGUGGUUAAAGGGAGUAGUACUACUCAAAAUGCCACCGUCUAUGCUUUCGGUGAGUGCAUGAAAGAUCUCUCAAAAUCAGACUGUGAUGUCUGCUUCGCUCAGUGCAAGACACGUGUCCUGAGGUGCUCGCCUAUUCAGAGAGGCGUUGAAGGUGGGAGAUUCUUCUUUGAUGGGUGCUAUCUCAGGUAUGAUGCCUACAAUUUCUUCAAUCAGAGUCUAAGUUCUCAAGACUUGACCCUUUGUGGGAACAUAGAUUUUAGUGGAAAUAGGAGUGUUCAUAAGGCUAAUGUAGUGGAGUUAGUGAGGAAUUUGAGUGUGGAAGCACCAAAGAAUGAUGGGUUUUUUGUGGGGGUUUUGAGUAAAAGGAAUGUGAGUGUUUAUGGGUUAGCUCAGUGCUGGAAUUUUGUGAAUGAGAGUGUCUGUCAGAAUUGCUUGGUUGAAGCUGUUACUAGGAUCGAUUCUUGUGCUCUGAAAGAAGAAGGGAGAGUAUUGAAUGCUGGAUGUUACUUGAGGUUUUCAACAGACAAGUUCUAUGAUAAUUCAAGCAACAUUGCUCCUCCAGGGACUAAAGGAAGUACCAAGGUUGGUAUAAUUGUGGCUGAAUCAUUUGCCGCAGUGGCUACUCUGCUGAUUGUUGCAACAAUUAUUUUCUUUGUGAGGAAGAAUGUGCUGAGGCAGAGGAGAGAAAGAAGACAGUUUGGUGCAUUUUUGUUCUCCGAAAACAAUUCCAAAUUAAAUAUGCCAUAUGAAGUCCUUGAAAAGGCGACAAAUUACUUCCAUGAUUCCAAUAAGCUAGGAGAAGGGGGAUCAGGUUCAGUUUAUAAAGGAGCUUUGCCAGAUGGAACAACAGUGGCCAUAAAAAGGCUUAGCUUUAAUACAACACAAUGGGCAGAUCAUUUCUUCAAUGAGGUUAAUUUGAUCAAAGACCUUCAGCACAAAAAUCUAGUGAAGCUUUUAGGGUGCAGCAUCACAGGACCUGAAAGCCUUCUUGUUUAUGAAUAUGUGCCCAACCUGAGCCUCCAUGAUCACCUAUCUGUUAGAAGGAACCUUCAACAGCUGACAUGGGAAGUCAGGCAUAAGAUCAUAUUGGGAACUGCAGAAGGUUUGGCCUAUCUUCAUGAGGAAUCCCAAUUGAAAAUCAUUCAUAGAGAUAUAAAAUUAAGCAACAUUCUGCUUGAUGAUAACUUCACACCCAAGAUUGCUGAUUUUGGACUUGCAAGACUAUUUCCUGAAGACCAGUCUCACAUAAGCACAGCCAUUUGUGGCACACUGGGUUAUAUGGCUCCAGAGUACAUAGUUCUAGGGAAGUUAACUGAAAAAGCAGAUAUCUACAGUUUUGGAGUUCUAGUUAUUGAACUUCUAUCUGGAAAAAGCAGAACAUCCUUUGUUCAAAACUCAUGUUCCAUCCUACACAUGGUUUGGAGCCUUUAUGGAUCAAAUAGGCUUUGUGACAUUGUUGAUCCAAUCCUGGAGGGAAAUUAUCCAGCAGAGGAAGCAUGCAAACUCCUCAAGAUAGGGCUGCUAUGUACACAAGCAUCUGCAGAGCUGCGACCACCAAUGUCAGUGGUUGUGAAAAUGAUUAACAACAUUCAUAAAAUUGCUGAUCCAACACAACCACCGUUUCUUAAUUUUGGCAGUGGAGAAUUCAGCAGAUCCUCUUUACCAGAAGAGAGUCUUCAGCCUGGAUCUAACACUCAAUCUUCAGGGGACAGCAUGACCGAAAGUUCUGAGCAUAGAUUGGUUACUCUAUAAAUAUUAAAUAUGUAUAAUUUAGUUCAUGAAAACAAUCAUGGUCAAGUGCUGUACAAAAUAGUUUCAAUAAUUAUGAGCAUGGCUUGUACAGAUGACAUGCGAAGGUAUUUGAAAUGCUUUUGCAUAUAUGAAAAUAGAAAACCUGAGUUCAGUACAUAUACAUAACAUAUGUAUAUUACAUUGCAA